CGCGCUCGGGGGGCGCGCGUGAAGGGGCCGCCUGGGGGCCGAGCGGGCGCCGCCAACAUGUCGGAUACCAAGGUAAAAGUUGCCGUCCGGGUCCGGCCCCUGAACCGACGAGAACUGGAACUCAACACCAAGUGCGUGGUGGAGAUGGAAGGGAAUCAAACGGUUCUGCACCCUCCUCCUUCUAACACCAAACAGGGAGAAAGGAAACCUCCCAAGGUAUUUGCAUUUGAUUAUUGCUUUUGGUCCAUGGAUGAAUCUAACACUACAAAAUAUGCUGGUCAAGAAGUGGUUUUCAAGUGCCUUGGGGAAGGAAUUCUUGAGAAAGCCUUUCAGGGGUAUAAUGCUUGCAUUUUUGCAUAUGGACAGACAGGCUCAGGAAAAUCCUUCUCCAUGAUGGGCAAUGCUGAGCAGCGAGGGCUCAUCCCAAGGCUCUGCUGUGCUUUAUUUCAAAGGAUCUCUCUGGAGCAGAAUGAGUCACAGACCUUUAAAGUGGAAGUAUCCUAUAUGGAAAUCUAUAAUGAGAAAGUCCGGGAUCUUUUAGACCCCAAAGGGAGUAGACAGUCUCUUAAAGUUCGAGAGCAUAAAGUUUUGGGACCAUAUGUAGAUGGUUUAUCCCAACUGGCUGUCACUAGUUUUGAGGACAUUGAGUCAUUGAUGUCUGAGGGAAACAAGUCUCGGACGGUAGCUGCAACCAACAUGAAUGAAGAAAGCAGCCGCUCCCACGCUGUGUUCAACAUCGUCAUCACGCAGACGCUGUACGACCUGCAGUCUGGGAACUCAGGGGAGAAGGUGAGCAAGGUGAGCUUGGUGGACCUGGCGGGCAGCGAGAGAGUGUCUAAAACCGGAGCUGCGGGAGAGCGCCUGAAAGAAGGCAGCAACAUUAACAAAUCACUUACAACCUUGGGGUUGGUUAUCUCAUCGCUGGCUGACCAGGCAGCUGGCAAGGGUAAAAACAAAUUUGUGCCUUAUCGCGACUCAGUCCUCACUUGGCUGCUUAAGGACAAUCUGGGGGGCAACAGCCAGACCUCCAUGAUCGCCACCAUUAGCCCAGCAGCAGACAACUACGAAGAGACCCUCUCCACGCUGAGAUACGCAGAUCGGGCCAAAAGGAUCGUGAACCAUGCCGUGGUGAAUGAGGACCCCAACGCGAAGGUCAUCCGGGAACUGCGGGAGGAGGUGGAGAAACUGCGGGAGCAGCUCUCACAGGCUGAGGCUAUGAAGGCCCCUGAACUGAAAGAGAAGCUUGAAGAGUCUGAAAAGCUGAUAAAAGAACUAACGGUGACUUGGGAAGAGAAGCUCAGGAAAACAGAAGAAAUUGCACAGGAGAGGCAGCGGCAACUUGAAAGCAUGGGGAUUUCCCUGGAGACUUCUGGUAUCAAGGUGGGAGAUGACAAGUGCUACUUGGUCAACCUGAACGCAGAUCCUGCUCUCAACGAACUCCUGGUUUAUUAUUUAAAGGACCACACCAGGGUAGGUGCCGAUACCUCUCAGGACAUCCAGCUCUUUGGGAUAGGAAUUCAGCCUGAGCACUGUGAGAUCGACAUUGGCUCUGAUGGAGAGGUCAGCCUCACUCCAAAAGAAAAUGCACGGUCCUGUGUCAAUGGCACCCUCGUGUGCAGCCCCACCCAGCUGUGGCAUGGGGACAGAAUCCUGUGGGGAAACAACCACUUCUUCAGAAUUAAUUUGCCUAAGAGGAAACGGCGAGAUUGGUUGAAAGACUUUGAAAAAGAGACAGGCCCGCCGGAGCACGACCUGGAUGCGGCCAGUGAAGCUUCCUCAGAACCAGACUAUAACUACGAAUUUGCGCAGAUGGAGGUUAUCAUGAAAACGCUGAAUAGUAAUGGUGGCUUCCCGAUCAUAAGCCUGUCUGCCUGGUGGUCGUCCCCUUGGUGGUCCUAUUUGAAGAUACUCUUCCCUCUCAUGUGGUUUCAGACGAAGCUCCUCCACAAACACUGGGAUAAAGACCCAGUUCAGAACGUGGUGCAGGUCCUGGAGAAACAGUACCUGGAAGAAAAGCGAAGCGCCCUCGAGGAGCAGCGACUCAUGUACGAGCGGGAGCUGGAGCAGCUCCGCCAGCAGCUGUCCCCGGAGAGGCAGCCCCAGAUCAGCGGCCCCGACCGCCUGGCCUACAGCAGCCAGACAGCGCAGCAGAAGGUGACCCAGUGGGCCGAGGAGAGGGAUGAACUCUUUCGCCAAAGUUUGGCAAAACUGCGGGAGCAGCUGGUGAAAGCCAACACCCUGGUGAGAGAGGCAAACUUCUUAGCCGAGGAGAUGAGCAAGCUCACCGACUACCAGGUGACUCUGCAGAUCCCUGCUGCGAACCUCAGUGCCAACAGGAAGAGAGGAGCGAUAGUGAGUGAGCCAGCUAUUCAGGUGAGGAGGAAAGGAAAGAGCACCCAAGUGUGGACCAUUGAGAAGCUGGAGAAUAAAUUAAUUGAUAUGAGAGACCUUUAUCAAGAAUGGAAGGAAAAGAUUCCUGAGGCAAAGCGACUCUGCGGGAAACGAGGUGACCCUUUCUAUGAAGCCCAAGAGAAUCACAACCUGAUUGGCGUCGCGAACGUGUUCCUGGAGUGUCUCUUCUGUGAUGUGAAGCUUCAGUAUGCAGUUCCUAUCAUCAGCCAACAGGGGGAGGUUGCAGGGCGUCUCCACGUGGAAGUGAUGCGAGUUACAGGCGCCGUCCCGGAGCGCAUGGUGGAGGACGACUCCUCGGAGAACUCCAGUGAAAGCGGGAGUCUUGAAGUCGUAGACAGCACUGGGGAAAUCAUUCACCGAGUCAAGAAACUGACAUGCCGGGUAAAAAUUAAAGAAGCAACUGGGCUGCCCUUAAACCUCUCGAAUUUUGUCUUCUGUCAAUACACGUUCUGGGACCAGUGUGAAUCCAUGGUGGCCGCCCCUGUCGUGGACCCUGAGGUGCCUUCCCCACAGUCCAAGGAUGCCCAGUACACCGUGACCUUCUCUCACUGUGAGGACUACGUGGUCAACGUAACAGAAGAAUUCCUGGAGUUCAUUUCAGAUGGAGCACUGGCCAUCGAAGUGUGGGGCCACCGGUGUACCGGGAAUGGCAGCUCCAUCUGGGAAGUCGAUUCCCUGCAUGCUAAGACGAGAACGCUGCAUGACAGGUGGAACGAAGUUACUCGCAGAAUAGAGAUGUGGAUCUCCAUCCUGGAGCUGAAUGAGCUGGGGGAGUACGCCGCCGUGGAGCUUCACCAGGCCAAGGACGUCAACACGGGCGGCGUCUUUCAGCUCAGACAGGGUCAUUCCCGGAGAGUCCAAGUCACAGUGAAGCCUGUCCAGCAUUCCGGGACACUGCCACUCAUGGUCGAAGCCAUCUUGUCCAUCUCCAUCGGCUGCAUCACUGCCCGGUCAACCAAGCUCCAGAGAGGGUUGGACAGUUACCAGAGAGAUGAUGAGGAUGGUGAUGAUAUGGAUAGUUAUCAGGAAGAAGACUUAAACUGCGUGAGAGAGAGGUGGUCGGAUGCCCUCAUUAAACGGCGAGAAUACCUAGACGAACAGAUUAAAAAAGUCAGCAACAAAAAAGAGAAGACGGAGGAUGACGUGGAGCGGGAAGCCCGACUCGUGGAGCAGUGGGUGGGGCUGACGGAGGAGAGGAACGCUGUGCUGGUGCCUGCGCCGGGCAGCGGGAUCCCCGGGGCGCCUGCCGACUGGAUCCCACCACCUGGAAUGGAAACCCACAUACCAGUUCUCUUCCUUGAUUUGAAUGCGGAUGACCUCAGUGCCAAUGAGCAGCUCGUGGGCCCCCAUGCAUCAGGAGUGAACUCUAUCCUCCCCAAGGAGCACGGCAGCCAGUUUUUCUACCUGCCCAUCAUAAAGCACAGUGACGAGGAGGUUUCAGCCACAGCCUCCUGGGACUCCUCAGUGCAUGAUUCCGUUCACUUGAACAGGGUCACCCCACAGAAUGAGAGGAUCUACCUGAUAGUGAAGACCACGGUCCAGCUCAGCCACCCAGCGGCUAUGGAGCUGGUCUUGCGAAAACGGAUUGCAGCCAACAUUUACAACAAACAGAGUUUCACCCAGAGUUUGAAGAGGAGAAUAUCACUGAAGAAUAUAUUUUAUUCCUGUGGUGUAACCUAUGAAAUAGUGUCCAACAUACCAAAGGCAACAGAGGAGAUUGAGGACCGGGAGACGCUGGCUCUCAUGGCCGCGAGGAGUGAGAAUGAAGGCACGUCGGAUGGAGAGACGUACAUCGAGAAGUACACGCGGGGCGUGCUGCAGGUGGAGAACAUUCUGAGCCUGGAACGACUCCGGCAGGCGGUGACGGUCAAAGAAGCACUUUCCACCAAAGCUCGGCACCUGCGGCGAAGCCUCAGCACGCCCAACGUUCACAAUGUCUCUUCCAGUCGACCAGACCUUUCUGGCUUUGACGAUGAUGAUAAGGGUUGGCCAGAGAACCAGUUAGACAUGUCUGACUACAGCCCGAGUUACCAGGAUGUAUCGUGUUAUGGAACUUUGCCUAGGGAUUCACCUCGAAGAAGUAAAGACGGUUGUACAUCAGAGAAUCCUCAUGCCUUAACAGUCAGCCCUUUCAAAGCAUUCUCUCCUCAGCCACCAAAGUUUUUCAAGCCCCUAAUGCCUGUAAAAGAGGAGCGUAAGAAAAGGAUAGCGCUUGAAGCAAGGCCUCUUCUAAGCCAGGAGAGCAUGUCUCCAUCUCAGGCACAUAAUCCUGGCUGCAUUGUGCCCUCGGGAAGCAAUGGCAGCAGCAUGCCAGUAGAACUCAAUAGCAAACGUGAGAAGAAGAUUCCUGUACACAUUGCCCAGAUUCUGAAGUUAAUCUACCUUGAGGAAUUGCACUUACUUGGAGACUCUGAGGAGGAGGAAAAUGAUCUAGAAGGUCUCAGCCGGAAGCUGAUAAGUUCACAGCCUUAUGUACCUGUGGAGUUCGCUGACUUCAGCGUUUACAAUGCCAGCUUGGAGAACAGAGAGUGGUUUUCUUCUAAAGGCGAUCUGACGAACUCAAAGGUCCUAGAGAAGGAGGUGUCCCGCAGCCCUACCACCAGCAGCAUCACCAGUGGCUACUUUUCCCACAGUGCCUCCAACGCCACCCUGUCUGACAUGGUGGUCCCUUCCAGUGACAGCUCAGAUCAGCUGGCCCUUCCGACGAAGGACACAGAUUCCAGCGAGCAUCCCGGACCAUCCCUUGUGCAGGAUUUCAGACCAUCCUCAAACAAAGAGUUGACAGAACUAGAAAGAGGCUUGGGAAAGGAUAAGAUGACUGUGGUGCCACUCAAGGAAAACAGUGCCUUAGCCAAAGGGAGCCCAUUGUCCCCCAGCAUCCCAGAGAAAAACUCCAGAACCCUCUGUAGGACCAGCUCGUGUUCAGAGCAGGAUGCCUGCUCCAGCAAAAACGGCCAGCCGGCCAGGGAAUUCUGCCCCAGGGAGGUGACUGUGGAACACACCACAAGCAUCCUUGAAGAUCACUCUUUCACAGAGUUUAUGGGUGUGUCAGAUGGGAAAGAUUUUGAUGGUUUGACGGAUUCUUCUGCUGGAGAACUUUCGAGUAGGAGGAACCUACCAAAUAUAGCAGACAGUAGGAGUGUCUCACAUGGGCCACAGGACUCUGGCCAGCUAUGUUCCUCGGCAGAGAAUGACCAGGGGAGCACCACUGCUCGGUGAGAGGCACUGAGCACUUCCUCCGAAGGCCACAGCAUCUCUGCUCCGGUCGCCUCCAAGAGCACCAGCCCAUCUAUCAAACACACUGCAGCUCGGCCGGACCUCACACCAGCACGGAGAAGCCACGGCUUCCGGGGCCACCUCCUCCCCUCUCCCCUCCCGAGCCGGGAGAAGUGGCACUUUGUCACUUGGGUGACUCAGCAGCCUCUGCUUCCUUCCAGAGAACCGAAAAUCCUGGCUUCACAAAGUGACAGUAUUUUUGUUUGCACUCACUACACACCCCCACGGUGUAGAAACCUCCACAGAUUCAACUAGACUUUAUUCUUGUACAAUUUUAAUCAGUUCUUACUGUAGAAUCUGGAGUCAAUGCUCUAGUUUUUUUUUUAUAAAUAAUAUAAAUUAUGUAUAUGAAAUGUAUAUCUAUAGUAUGUCUGGAGAGACAGGACUGCACACUGAAAUGGAUAAAAGUGGUUCGUAGAAAAUCGUAAGGUACUGGGCUUUCUUACAAAGCAGCUCGGGCGAUCUCUCAGAACACAAGCAGAUGAAAGAGAUGGUCUUGCCUGAGAAGGAGGUUGCAAAUCCCUCUUUGCAGCAGAGGUUGCAGAAUGCUGUUCCUUAUAACCAAAGAACUUACCUAAGACUGAAUGUUUUUUGCUGUCCACUCUUGUUUGAUGUGUACAUGCGUGUUUGACUGCAAGUUCGGUGCCAAUGCCCUGUGGCUCCCAGGCCACGUGCUGCCGUUCUCUGCCGUGUUUCCUAAGCACACUGCAAAAUCUCAUGGCUCCGUUCUUUGGUCUUCCACCUGGUCCGCUGCCUGCUGACUUGACGCGGUUCGGGAACCGUUAACAGUGACUGGGGCUCUUAUCCCAGUCUUUCCUGUCCCUCGGUCCAGCCCAGCCAGGCAGGUGGGAUGCAGAGAGCAGUAUUACAGAAAACACAGGGACAAACCAAGAGUGGGGUUGGGGGGGUGGGUUUUGAUUUUCGUCUCUUUGUGGUUUUGUUUGGGGUUGGUAGGUUUUUGUUGUGGUGUGGUUCUGCCGUUGUUCUGUUUCGUUUCUGGAAGACGCUGAAGGGAUGACAGGAGCUGUGAAGUCCACAGGUGCCCGCUUCACAGUGUUCGCAGGAGAUGGUUGAAGACAGAUGGCUCUGCUGUGUGUCUUCAUUGGUAAAAUUCUUUUACCGAUGGAGACUCUGAGAAUUAUGUGUGCAGAAGUUUUUACAAAAGUACUCUCUGUACCUAUUGUGUAGAUGCUUGUACAGUUGGUCAAGAUGUAUAGCAAUAAAUGUGUCGUGGGAGCAAGCGAGGACGUACAGCCUGCUGUACCUUUUCCCUUGAAGUUCGUAGCAUCCGUAAAUGAGUAAGAUAUUGGAGAUUUUAAUGCGAAGCUGCUGUUCAUGAUUUUUGUGUAUAGUGAGCUGACUGUAGUAUUUUCCUAUUGACUGUUUAAAAAGAGAAAGACUGUAAUUUAUAUCCCCUUUCAACUUUAUUGUAUUUAAUUGGUACAGAUUGUGUGUGUGUGUGUGUGUUUUAGAAUACAGACUGUCUAAUUCUGAUUUUAAAAGAUCCAUUGUUUGUCUUUAAUAACACUGCCACUAGUUUCAGAUCAGUUUUCCAAA